AAUGUAUGAAUCUUUUUGCGACCCAAUUGACUACCUUAACAUGUCCUUUAGUAUUAUAAAUUGACAGUCUCAUUGUGAAAAGAAUAGGUUUACAAUGGAGAUGGUGUCGUUGCCAUAACGUGUUUGUUCGUGGUUCCAGGAAGGAAGCUUUUAAUAAAGAAGGAAAAUUGCCAGCGAAACUGUGUUAACGGAAUUUUUGUUUUGUUCUGGAAAUUCAUCAGGUGCGUUCAAUGAAUAGUUGAUGAUACAAGAUGGACCAUUGCGAGCAGAAGAAGAGGAAGCGAAAUCCAAGGGAGACUGCCAAUAUUUUUUCGUUACUCAGCUUUGCGUACACAGUAAGUUUAUUCAAAAAAGCUUACAAAAACAACGACCUCGAAGAAGACGACCUAUACGAUGUCCUUAAAGCAUGUAGCUCGGCUAAAUGUGGAGACAAAUUGGAGAGACAAUGGAUAAUCGAAAACAAAGCAAAGAAAGAAAGGAACCCUUCAAUAUAUCGACUCAUGUGGGCCAGGUUUGGGAAGAGGUAUAUUCUGAUCGGGUGUAUACAUUUAUGCUGGAAAAUAUUUAAUAGCAUUGUUGACCCAUGGGCACUUAGUAAAUUAGUGUCAUUCUUCAAGCCUGGUCAAACUGCGAUAACAAAGAACGAAGCUUACUACUAUGCAGCCUUAGUCCUAAUCUUACAUCUAGUUUACACCAUCUACAUUCACAACUACGUAAUUUGGGUCCAACAACUUGGCGUUGAAGUGAAGACUGCGUUUUCGUCUUUACUCUACAGAAAGGCUCUUAAGUUAACGCCUUCAUCUGUAUCAGAAAUAACUCUGGGGAAUAUAGUGACUCUGAUUACCAAAGAUGUAUAUUCAUUCCAGCAAUCUGUGUGGAUUGUCAACGAUUUGUGGAUCGCUAUAGUGCAAACCUGUGUAAUUUGUUUCCUGUUGUAUGCCAAAAUAGGUGUAAUAUCAUUCGUAGGAAUUGGGGUUAUAUUGAGCGUUUUGCCACUUCAAAUUCUUCUUGGAAGAUAUGUAAGUAUACUCAGAUUAUCUGCGGAAAAGAAGACUGAUCAACGAUUACAGACCAUUCAAGAAACUUUAUCAAGCAUUAGGAUUAUAAAAAUGUAUAAAUGGGAAGAGUAUUUUAGGGAGAAAAUUAAUCAAUCCAGAUUAGCAGAAAUAAAUCGCAUGCUCCUGGCGUUUUACCUGAAGAUUGUUAUCGUCAUCCUAGGCGUCCUUUUCUCCAAAGUGGGAUUUUACGUUUUGAUAAUAUCUUGUAUAUGGAUGGGUUAUCCUAUCGAGGCUGAACUGGUCUUCUACCUACUAUCAAUAUUCAAGGAUUUAAAACAUUCCUUGGGUGUUAUUAUACCUUACGGAAUUGGAAGAGGAGCAGAGUUAUAUUCGGCUAUUAUACGGAUCAAUAAAGUUAUUAAAGGUGAAGAGCUGCCACCAAAAAUAGGAUCCGACGCCCCAACUGCUAGCCCUGUAAUAGAAGUUAAAGAUGCAACGGUCCACAUUAAAGAUAAAUGCAUCUUAAAAGAUGUUACCUUAAGUAUAAACUCUAGUAGUUUGUUAUUAGUCACAGGUAAAGUUGGAUCGGGCAAAAGCUCUUUGUUAAAAAUGCUUCUACAAGAUUAUCCAGUGACAGAUGGACAUCUACUGACGUUUGGAAGAAUAUCGUACGCAUCACAGGAUCCUUGGCUGUUCCCUUCUUCUAUUAAGCAAAAUAUUUUGUUUGGAGAAAAGUAUAAUGAAACCAGGUACAAAGAGGUUAUAAAAGUAUGUGCGUUGGAAUACGAUUUAAGUUUGUUUGAAAAGGGAGACGAAACUAUUGUGACCGAUAAAGGAUUAAAUUUAAGUAAAGGACAGCAGGCCAGAGUGAACUUGGCAAGAGCUAUAUACAAAGAAAGUGAAAUAUACUUGCUGGAUGACUCUCUAACAGCUCUCGAUGCACAUGUACAAGAUUACAUUUUCAAUGAAUGUAUUAAAUCUUAUCUAAAAGACAAAAUAUGCAUUCUAGUAUCUCAAACAGCUAACCAUAUCCAGGAAGCUGACAUCGUUAUAAUAAUGAAUGAAGGUUUGAUAAAAUAUAAUGGAAAGCCCACAGAAAAAGUCAUCAAACAAAUAGAAGAAAUAGUAGUCGAAGACGACGACUUGGAAAAAGAAGUACUAGAAGAAAAUGAACCUAAGAUGAACGGAGAUGCCAAACAAAAACAACUGUUUGAGACAGAGCAGAAUGGUGUAAAGGCGAAUGUUUAUAGUGAAGUUAAUAAAAAGGGAGAAGUCGAUUUUGAUGUUUACAAGAAAUAUUUCAAGUUUGGUGGUGGAUUUUUGUUAAUCACUCUCAACGUUGUUUUGUUUGGAUUGGCGCAGGGAACAGAUAGUUACGCAGAUAAAUUGUUAACAAAAUGGGUGGACGAAAAACAAGUCGUUCUAGACAUUCAAAAAAACAUAACCGAACUAAACCUGGCAUCCUCACAACAAACAGAAGACCUGAUUGAAGCAGAGGCAACUGAGAAAUUCACCAUAAGACUUUAUUCAAUAAUGAUAUUAGCUACAACACUUUUAGCUUUACUAAAGUCCUAUACAAUCUUCGACUUCUGUAGAAGGGCAUCUAUCAACAUACAUAAAGCAAUGGUAACUUGUAUUACUUAUGCUGUUAUGGCAUUUUUUGACACCCAUUUUAUUGGGAAUGUUCUCAAUAGAUUUUCACAGGAUAUGACAAAUAUUGAUGAGCAUAUACUGAACAUAUUUAGCGAAUGUAUAAGGGUAACUUUCGCAGUAGCUGGAAUUGUAUUUUUAAUCUCUUUUGUAAAUCCCUAUUUCCUUAUUUUUGCUUUGGUGUUUUUCUCAUCGUUAAUUUUAAUACGGAAAUUAUAUUUACCAGCUGGAAGGAGUUUGAAAAGAUUAGAGGCCGCAACACGAAGCCCAAUGAUUGGACAUCUAAACGCCUCAUUGGAAGGCCUAACCACCAUAAGAGCGUACAAAGCACAGGGUAUCCUCACUAGAGAAUACGACAGACACCAGGAUGUAUUCACAUCUGCUCAUUAUACUGCACUAUGUUCCAUGAGAGCCUUUGGAUUUAUCAUGGAUUUCCUUUGUUCCAUAUUUAUCAUACUGGUUGUAUUUACCUUCAUAUUUUUUGACACAGGCACCAGUGCAGGAAAUGUUGGUCUCACCCUCACCCAAAUCUUCAUGUUAGCAGGUCUAGUACAAUGGGGCGUACGCACAUGGGCGGAUCUAGAAAACCUAAUGACAUCAGUUGAAAGACUUCUAGAAUACACAGAAAUACCCUCGGAACCAAAAGAGGGUUCCGAAAUGGAAAAUUGGCCUAAACAAGGAGCCAUAGUGUACGAGAAUGUGUCGUUGACAUAUAACAAUUCAGAAACUGUAUUGAAGAAUUUAAAUUUCAAAGUAGAACCAAAUGAAAAAAUUGGUAUCUGUGGUAGGACAGGAGCCGGAAAAUCAUCAAUCAUUUCAACGAUAUUUAGGCUUUAUGAACCAGAAGGGAAAAUAAUUAUAGACGGCGUGAACAUCCAAACAUUAAGCCUGACCUUCCUAAGAAAAAAACUAGCUAUUAUUCCACAAGAUCCAAUUCUAUUCACCGGAACCAUCCGUUCCAAUCUAGACCCUAUGAAUGAGUUUAAAGACGAAGAGCUGUGGAAGGUUAUAGAGGAAGUAAACAUGAAAGAACUGGUUCCAAGUUUAGGCGUAAAGAUAACCAACAGUGGUGGUUCUAAUUUCAGUUCGGGUGAAAAACAGUUGAUCUGCUUAGCGAGAGCUAUCUUAAGAAAAACUAAAAUUAUAGUUUUAGAUGAAGCCACUGCUAAUAUGGAUCAUGAAACUGAUAUUUUGUUACAUAAUACGAUAAAGAGGAACUUCACGGGUUGCACUUUGCUGACGAUUGCUCAUAGGCUGCAUAGUAUUCUAGAAUGUGAUAAAGUGAUGGUUUUAGAUAAAGGACAAAUCAAAGAGUUUGACACGCCUAUGAAUCUGUUGAAAAACAGUGCGGGUAUCUUCUAUAAAAUGGUUGAACAAGCUGGACUGUUAAAUCAUUUAAAAACUGAAUAGUUUUAUAUUCAAUUUAAAAAGCAAAUGAGGCAAUACAGCCAAAAGAAAACACACACCAUUGAAUUUUUUUAAUUACUUUCAAUUUGGUCCAGACUAACUAUCAAAUUUUUCCAUGCAUUUCCAAACGCCUGGUUCUUUUUGGAAUUAACAUUAUCACUCAAUCCUCGCGUGGCCACUGCUGGACCUAAAUCUCCGUCAUAAAUUUCCAUCUGCUUCGAUUUUGUACCUCUUACAUCCAAUUCCUUUGAAAACGUUUUAGAUCAUCAGUCCAACGUAUUGUGGGCGAUUUAUGUUUCAGUAGGCAUUAUCUCUUGGUCUGUCUCCAUUCCAGCAUCCGCUUUGUCCAUCUGUUAUCUGUUAUUCGAGCCACGUGACCUACCCAGUUCCAUUUCAGUAUUGCUGUUCGCUCAACUGCAUAAGCCACUUCUGAUUUUGGUCAUAGCUGGCGGAUUUGAUCUUGUCACGCAGUGAAACGUCCAACAUAGCACGCUCCAUCGCCCUUUGACCCUAGUGUUGCCCAAAUGCAAGAACAAGACGAGACUUCGACAGUCUUGGUAUUGGUCUUGCGCCAAUACACCUAGUCUUGGUCUUGGUCUUGGUAUUGCGCUCUCGGUCUCGGUCUUGGUUUUUUCAUCUCUUGGUCUCGCAGGGUUAGUCUUGUUCUUGCUCAAAUCUUGCACGUUCAGUCUUGGUCUUGGUCUUGCUAAAAUUAGGCGGUCUUUUUCUUGGUCUUGGUCUUGGUCUUGCGAAUAUGCAAGAACAAGACCAAGACUGCAAGACCAAGACCAAUUUUGGGCAACAGUAUUUGAGCCACACGGAUCUUUUGCACUGUUCUUCUUGUCCUGGUUCAACAAACUGAGUAAAGGUUUUUCUAUUCAAUUAUAUUGGUACCUCAGACAAUUUUAAAAUGUUCAACUUGCCGGAGGCUGCCCAAGUCAGUCUUAGACGACAAUGGAGAAGCUCAACGAUUUGAUUAUCUUUUUCUAUCUCAUGACCUAGGUAUUUAUACCUGGUAAUGUGAACCGUCAAAACACAUUUAUAACCAAAAAGCGGAAGGAGUGGGGAAAAGAGGCAGACCCAGACCAUGAUUUAAGGACCAGGUCGAAGACGACUUACGAGUGUUGUUAUCAGUUGAAAAAUUAACUAUUUAGAUGGGAAAUAAGCCACAAUUAAAUUGAAAAAAUAAUUUUAUUAACGUUUCGAAGCCCAAAUCGGGUGCCGUUGUC